AUGUCUAAGAGAUAUUUUAUCAAUAAUUUAGAUAGCCCAUUAGGCUAGGAGUUCUACUCAUAAUUAGUAAAGGAAGAAACUGAUGAAGGCGUGCAUAUGGCAACUUAUACAAUUGAUGAUCCAAAUAAGAUGCCCCCAAAAGGGUUUAAGAAAAUAUUGAAACGUUACAAGCCUAAGUUGUCUAGAAAAAAGAUGCUUGAAGAAUGCGAUGUUUAUGUGUAUGAUGUAGCUUCUGCAACUUAAACAGAUUUAGAUUUUGUAUGCGAUAUCUUUAGGAAUAGCAAAACAACAUUAGAAGAAUAGAAAGUGUUAAUUCUCGUUUCCUCCGUUUUAACAUGGAGUGCCAUGCCAGACAAGGUUAAGCCGAAAGUAGAAAAAAAACCAGAUGAAGAAUAAGAGGGAGAACAAUAAGAGUAGUAAGAACAAUAGCAAAAGAAGGAUGAGCCAGACGCAGAUGAAAAUUAAGAACCCAAAGAUGAUGAAAAUUAAGAUUAGGAAUAAGAAUAAUAAUAGAUUUAGUAAUAGCCAAUUAAUGAAGUUCCAGAGGUUAUAGAAUAUGUGCCUUGGGAGGAAAAUGAUUACAAAUUGAGAAGUGCUUCUGCUUAAUAUUCAUAAUUAAAGGAAUGGGAAGAUAUGGUUUUAAGUUUGUAGAAAGAAAACUUAAAAGUUAUAGUUGUAUGUGCAGGCUUAAUAUAUGGCAAAGGAGAGUUACUCUUUUAGAAAUAUUUUAAAAAAGCAUGGUUAUAAUAGCCAUAUAAAUUAAGUUAUUAACCAGACGGAAAUAAUAAAGUACCCACAGUUCAUAUAACUGAUCUAGUUAAAAUGAUUGUGAAGGUUUCUGAAUCUAUUCCAGAGUCAAAUUAUAUCUUCGCUGUUGAUAAUACUUAAGAUAGAACUCAAAAAGCUAUAAUACAAGGUAUUGCAACUGGAGUUGGAAGCGGUUGGAUUGAAUAAAAUGAUGAUUUUUUCAAAGAUUUCACUCCUGAAGAAAUGGAUUGCUUUAGGUUACAUCUAGAUUGCAAACCAUCUUAAAUGUUCAUAGGAAAUGAAGAAACUCCAUCUGAUUUUGAAUGGCAUUGUGAAAAAGGAAUUGCUGUGAAUGCUAAGAAAAUAUUAUAAGAAUUCACAACAAUACAUAAAUUAAGACCAAUUAAAAUAAUUAUGGAAUCUAAAGCAGAAAAUAUGAGAUUUUAAGACAUUUUAACUAUGAUUAGUGAUCAUUAUAGAAUUCCAGUGAUUAAUUAAGAAUAAAUAUUUAAAGAUGCUUAAGAUCCAAAUUAUGUGUUCCCAUCGGAAAUACAAGAAGAUUUUAAUGAAUAUUGGCCUACUAUUCAAGAAUAUAUCGAUAGCUAAGCACCUGCAUAGUUGUCAGAACAAUUGAAGAUUUAUUAUAAAGUAAUCAAGUGGAGAUUAAGCUAAAAUGAUUGCUAAAACAGGGGAUUUAUUUUACAGAACUUUCCAAAUCACUUUGAAGAGGCUGAUUUCAUCUUCUAUCCAAAUAAAUAGAAAUUAAAGAUGAAAAAGAAACCUAAGAAGAAACCAGUUGUUACUGAGGAGGAACAGAAACCCCCUCAAGAACCAGCUGUUGAUGAGAAUGGAGAUCCAAUCGAAUAGGAGUAGCCAGAAGACUAAUAAUAAGAUGAACCAUAAUAAGAGGAAGCAUAAGAAGAAGAAUAAUAGGAGGAAGAGUAACAGGAAGACGAAUAAGAAGGUGGUCCUAAACCAGAGGAUUUUUUCCCUGAAUCUUAUAUAGUAAUUAAACCAUUAGGCAAAACUGAUAAUUUUGAAUAUAACAGGAAGUUGAUUAAUUUCUUUAGUGAAAGAAAUUUGGAUGCUUAUUUUAUAGAUCCAAGAAAGAAAACAAAUCAUGAUACUUUUGAAGAUUUAAGAAUUUAUAUUGAAAGAAACGGAAGACCUUAUAAUUACUUACAGAAUGAAAAGGAAUUGAUAGUUUUGUAUUUCAAUUUACAGAGAAUCAAAGAUUUGACUAUUAAGUAUACUAGAAAAUAAUCGAUUCAAAUUUGGAAAGAAAUUACAAAAGUGAAGAAGGAUAAAAGAUAAGAUUUGGUUACGAAGUAUACGAAGUACAUAGAGGAACAAGAAUAAGAAUUACAACAAGUCAAACAAUUUCCUUUUAGAAAUUAUUUAAUGGAUUUUGUUGUGCCAGUAUUGAAUGAAGGAUUAGUGGAAGUGGCACAUAUUCUACCUGAUGAUCCUGUCGAAUUUUUAGCGGAAUAUUUAUAUAAAAGGAGUUUUAAUGUUGACAAUGAAUGA